ACCACAACAAUCCAACAAAAUGGAACUGAAAAUCUUUUCAAUUCUCGCUCUUGGCGUCGCCCUAUCAUCUGCGGGACGAAUUGACCUCGGUUUAAAGCGCAAAGUCGACAUGGGGCUGGUUGCCGAGGCAAUUAUCGAAUUACCCCAGAUCAUUGGUCAAAUACAGUCAAACAAGACCCUUCAAGCCCUUUCCGGGGAGGCUAAAGUCUCCGCAUUGGUGAUCACCUUGAAGGACUUGGCCUUCACGACACAAUCUUCCAUAGUUGCUCAAGCGGUGGCGCAAGAUCUUGAAGUCAAACAAUUCCGGGCGGCGAAUAUCAUUCUCGUGAAGGGAUUGACUACCUCAAAACUCGCCGCUUUGGGGAAAAGUGAACAUGAUUUCAUCAUCCGAGAGCAGCACGUGGCCUCCGUAGACGGCGGCAUGGCGACGAGUUAUCAGAACAUUAGUACACCGCAGUGGGGGCUCGCUAAAAUGAGGGUGCCCGAAGCCUGGGAAAUUACCCGUGGGGAAGGAUCCGUCAUUGGAGUUAUCGACACCGGAGUGAACCUGGACCACGUGGCGCUCGGUGUUAACUCCUUCGCCGGGGCUUGGCUUGAUCCCUUCUACCAAACUGAAAAACCCACCGACAAAGACGGUCACGGCUCACACGUCACCGGAACCAUUCUUGGACGCGAAAACGGUAUCGGUGUUCCCCCAGCCGCAAAAUGGAUCGCGUGUCGCGGUUUGGAUCAUCACGGUAUCGGAAGUGAGGCUUCACUAACGGAGUGUGCCGAAUUUAUGCUAACGGCAAAGCCUCGCCCCCAUAUAAUCAACAAUUCUUGGGGAGGAAGAUCUAACUCGGAUUGGUACCAGCAACAAAUUUCUGCCUGGCGUGAUGCAGGAAUGGUGCCAGUUUUCUCGAUUGGAAAUUCUGGACCGGGCUGCGAGAGUGCUAAAUCUCCAGGUGACAAUUUCAACGUCAUUGCAGUCGGCUCAACAAAGGAGGAUGACACGGUCAGUCACUUUUCGUCACGAGGUCCUACAGCGAAUGGUCUCGUCAAGCCGGACUUUGCCGCACCCGGGUCGGACAUUUACUCCUGCGGGACCGGAAGUGAUGACUACCUCUUUGAAUCUGGGACAUCAAUGGCUGCUCCUCAUAUGAGCGGAGCCAUUGCUUUGUAUCUCUCGCACAAUAAGAAUGCCACUUUUAACAUGGUGUACAAUGCUUUCGCCGAUACAGCCGUCUGUCUCCCUAUUGGUGAGGAGGACGAAAGUUGCGGUUUACCAGGUGGUAAUACUUCCUGCCAUAAUAAUGCGAUUGGGUGGGGACUUAUCGAUGUAGCGGCUGCCCUUAAACUGCGAUCUGGGUAAAUUUUUAUCUGAUAACAGAAAAUAGUUCCAAAAUUUUCAAUGCCUUCUUAAUUCCUGAUUUCAAAAAUAUGUAGUUUUGCUUCUAUCCUUCUCUUUACUUUAUGAAUUAAAUAUUUAUAGUGUAAAUCUCUGAUGAUUUUUAGCGAAUAAAACUCUAAAAUGCAUAUGAAUCC